AUGGGGGACCAUCGGCAAAGUUUGGUGGACAGACGCCGUACCUCGGAGACUGAGGGCAAGUCAGAAGGGGAGGGAUAUGACGACGCCCUGAACCUCCAGAGUGUGGGAUAUGAGACCCUAGGGUCCAAGGAUCCCAUAGACCAGGACUUAAAUAAUGGGGAGCUGGGGUCUGAAGACCAAGAAGAGGAAAUUCCCCCUGAGGAGGUGUCCGAGGAAGAAUUCCUGGAUGCCCAGGACCCAGGAGAGGCCCCUCCAGAAUUGAAGACUAUUCUGAAGGAAGUCGAGGAGGAUGAUGUACCUGAGAUGAGGUGGACAUCUGCUGGCAUGGCCUGUGACAUGUCGGGCGGUGUUGUGGAGGAAAUGGUGCAGGGCGGGGACAGGGGCCCAGGGAGGACGUGUGAGUUCAUGGCUGCAGGGAGAGAUUCAGGGGGUGCAGAAAAACCAGCAAAUCCAGCCUUACCACUCAACUCUUCCCAAAGCCGGCUAUCCAUCACCCAGAGGUUCCCUGGCACCUCUAUGGUAAGAAGGAGGAAGAAGAGGAGGAGACUUUUUGAAUUGGCAAAACCCAAGACCAACUGGCAAGUUCUGAAAGACAGGAUGGGGUGCUGCUGUAAGGGCUAUGCCUGGAUCUCCCCAUGCAUGAGGACCUUGCAGUUCUGUGUCUACUGGCCAUCCGUGUACUGGACAGAGAAGUUUCUGGAAGACACUACUCUCACUGUCACGAUGCCUGCAGUGUCCCGCCGAUUGGAGGAGCUGGCUCAACCUAGAAGGUUCUGCUUGGAUUAUUACAGCAACGAAAGGAUUACCCCCAUGCAUCCCAUUCCUCGGUCUACCUUGGACUACCGAUCAUCUAGUCGCCUGAUAGAACUGGCCACCCCGAGGAUCCGGAAUAACAUUUGGAGCAUAAACAUGUCGGAGGUGUCCCAAGUGUCCAGGGCAGCCCAGGUUGCCACCCCCAGUUCGAGGAUCCUCCAGUUGGCAAAGCCCAGGGCUCCAGCCACCCUGCUGGACGAAUGGGACCCUGUGCCAAAGCCCAAGCCGCGUGUGUCAGACUAUAACCGGCUCCUUUACUUGGCCAUGCCCAAGGUCCAGUCAGAGAAGUGUAUUCCUGACCGAAAUCCACGCUGGGAGGUGCUGGAAGUCACCAAGAAGGCGGUGGCCAGUCCCCGGAUCAUCUCCCUGGCCAAGCCCAAAGUGCGCAAGGACCUCAACGAGGGCUACGACCGGCAUCCCCUCGCUUGUAUGAGCUUGCCACCCCCAAAAGCAUCACCAAGAAAGUUUGAGUGACCCAGGCCUGGCCUCCAAGGCCCCGUUCCCAGUAAACACCCAAGUGCAUCUAACCUUGUGUGUGGCUGGCUCUAA